AUGAAUCACUGGGAGGGCUCGGAGAUUUGCCAGCGAAAAGACAAAGUUCACUCGGUAAGUCAAGACUCUAACCCUUCAGACUCUGACUCGGACGUGGCUUCAGUUAAGACUCUUAGUGUCGUUGUUAAUGGUGUUCGAUCCAAACAAGACAAGCCCAUUUGUUGUGAAAUGCUCGUUAACUCCAAGCCAGUCAGUCUGCAAGUAGACUGUGGAACUACUAUCUGUACAUCCCUAAAAGCCACACCGAUGACAGCCAUACUAAACCUUCUAAUAUCUCCCUGAAAAUGUGGAACAAAGUGAAGAUGAAAGCGCUUGAAACCUGCAAGCUGCUCUUUGAAAACCCAAAAACACUGUUGAAGUACAUGGUAAAGUUUGCCGUUGUUGACAAACAGCUCACCCCCCUGCUUAGCCGCAAGGCUGCUGAAAAGAUGAACCUCUUCACAGUCAACUAUGACCAGUUUGAGCAUGUCAAUGGAGUAGUAGAUAGCACUGAUAUCUUAGAUGAAUUUCCUGACAUUUUCAACGGGGACAUUGGAACCCUGUCUGGAUCUGUGCGACUCACACUGAACUCUGAUGUGGAACCGAUACUUUGCCCGCCAAAACGACUGCCUAUUGAGUUAAAAGAACCAGUGAAACUAGAACUUGACAGGCUAGACACUGCAAGAGUUCUCACUCCAGUGGAUGAGCCCACUGACUGGGUAAAUCAGAUGGCAAUUGCCACCAAGAAGAACGGAAGCCAACGCAUCUGCAUAGACCCACGUUCUUUGAACCUUGCGCUAGAGCGGGAACACUAUCAAUUACCAGUCCUUGAUGACAUCCUUCCUGACCUUGCCAAGGCCAAAAUCUUCAGCAAAGUUGACCUUAGUCAUGGAUAUUAACAUAUUUUCAACCCCUUUUGGGAGGUAUAGGUGGACACGCCUAUCCUUUGGACUUUCCGUAAGCUCGGAAAUAUUCCAGAAACGUCUGGUCCAAGCUCUGGAAGGAAUUGUGGGUGUUGCCUGCAUAGCAGAUGACAUCUUGAUUUAUGGUAUUGGUGACACUCUUGAUGACGCCAGGUAAGAUCAUGACAAGAAUCUCUCGUUGCUAUGGGAACGUUGCCGGCAGACGUCCGUCAAGCUCAACAGGCACAAAGUGGUGCUGAGGGUACAACAGGUGGAUUUCAUGGGACAUCUGCUGACUGCACAUGGCUUGAAACCUGACCCAAACAAAGUCGAAGCCAUCUUGAAACUAGAAACGCCUGGGACCAAGGAAAAAAUUGAGAGACUGAAUGGCACUGUUAACUACCUUGCUAAAUUCCUGCCAAGACUUUCCCAAGUCAUGGAUCCACUUAGGAGAUUGACCCAGACAGGAGUCGAAUGGUACUGGGGAAAUGCUGAAGAGAAAGCUUUCGAUGAGGUGAAGCAAUUGUCACUCAAGCUCCAGUUCUUGCCUACUACAGCCCAGACAAGGAACUUGUCAUACAGUGCGAUGCCAGUAGCCUAG